GCCCCCCCGGGACCCUCCUGGUGGGGACCCGGCACCAGCUGCUGGCCCUGGGGGGUCCCGAGCCCCAAAUCCUGCGGGGGUCCCUGAAGCACGCGGCCGCGCUGGAGGCGCACGUCGAGGGGGGGUCCCUGUUCUGGGGGGACCCCAGCGAGGGCCGGAUCUACAGGGAGUCCUGGGGUUUUUGGGGGGGUUUUGGGGGGUCCCCAGGUGACGGCGGUGCCCCCCCCAGGUUCCUGUACUGGUCGGACUGGGGGUCCCGGCCCCAAAUCACUCGGGGGGCUCAGGACGGGGGGGACCCCCCCAAGGCGCUGGUGAGCGACGGCGUCGAGCGGCCGCUGGGGCUGGCCCUGGACCCCUCCUCGCGCCGCCUGUUCUGGGCGGACGGGCGGCUCCAGGCCGUGAGCAGCGUGGGGCUGGACGGGAGCGACCGGCGCACGCACCUGAGAGACCCCCGGCACCUGGGGCAGCCCCUGGGGCUGGCUGCGCUCGGGGGAGAGACCCCUGGGACCCCCGGGAUUGGGGAGAGACCCCCGGGUUAG